GGUUUAAGAAAUAGUGCCAUCCGCGUAAGACAAAUUAUUGGGAGAAAUUGUUGAACAAAUAAACCGUGGAACAUUACAUAUUUUUAAGGAAACAAAGGAAAAAAUACAUCUCUAGGGUCAAGAUGGUGCCGAGCCCUGGCCUGGUGACGCCCCAGACGCCUAGCAUGUCUGCUGUGUUCUGGAACCUGGUGGCGCCGCUGACCCUCCUGUUGACCAUCGAGAAGUUGGGUAUCAGAACGUACGAGCUGGGCCUCAUCAUCGCUCUCUGCAUCAACCCGCACAUCAUCGGCUACGUCGUUUACUACCCGAUACUAGCCUGGACGGACACCAUCUUCCUUAUGAUGUGGGUCGAGAAGAUGCUGCGACGCUGGGCGUGGUACCGGAUGUUUGACGAGUCAUUUCUGAAGACUCUUGUCGUCUUCACGUUCUUCUACGCCGUACCCAUCCUCUUCAUGAUGUUUGUCUGGGUGCCCAUCUUUUACGCCUUGCCCAGUGUGAUGGCCUAUAUCACAACCACUUUAAGCCAUGGUCAGCUGUUUUCAUUCCGGGACGUCUUGAAGCUGCUGCUAGCCUUAGGCUUGAUGUCUCACUCCAUCUACUUGUAUAGAACAAAGCCAUUCUUGUAGAUAUUCUCUGCAUCCACUGUAGCCCAGAGAAUAAAAUAUUCUGCAGUUUGAGAUGGUUAUCUAAUCAUUUCGCCGAAAUUUCAAGAACCUAGAAACAUAUAAGACCCAUUUCUUUGAGCUACCAGUGUCAGAGAUGUAUGCGCACCAUCACAAGACCAUUAUAGAGAAAACGUGUCUUGUUUGGUUAGAGUUAGACUAGUUACUUUCAUAUACCCACAAUAUUUUAAUUCUCUGGUUGAGAGAUUAUUGUGAUUGGCAGGCUUGCAAUUAACUCAAAAUUAAUGUAUCGUAGUGAAAUGAAUGUGAAGAGAAAAUGGUGCUAAAACAAGAGUAGAUGACGAAGAGGCAGAAAAUGAGAACUAAAGGUCUAGGCAGAGGCAAUAAAAAUGUGAAUGUUUAUUUGAAUGUGGAC